UCCACGUCCUCCUUUUCUCCAUUUCGAAUUCCCCAAUUCCCCUCGACUUUGCUCCACCGCGAGGGGGCAAGCCGAGCUCACGCGAUGGAGGCGGAGCCGCCGCAGCGGUGGGCGGCGACGUACACGAAGCACGUGAAGCAGAAGCGCAAGGCCUACCACGACGGCGCCCUCCUCCUCUACCCGGCCUCGGGCCGCCUCGUCCUCCUCGACGACGCCGGCGACACCCUCGAGUCCAGGUUCCUCCGCUCCAGCGAGGAGCUCUCCCCGGGGGCCGCGCUCUCCUUCCAGGCGCACCUCGUCGACGUCGGCGAGCCCGAGGACGGCCCCGCCAGGUACGCCUCCUCUUCCGCCUCCGCCUCCGCUGCCGGUUCCCGCGCCUCGCGCCGCGGCGGUGGCGCCAGGGCGCGUCCGCCGAGCUCCGGGAGGGUGUUCCCGCCUCGUGCGUCCCGCGCGUUCGCGAACCCGUCGAAGAGCCGCGGGUGCGAGCGCUGGGGCGACGGCGAUGCCGCGGGCUCGGAGGUGGUGGACUCCAAGUUCCAAGAGUGGACCGCGCUGUACACCGCCCAGCUGACUCAGAAGUCAAAGAAGUACCACAAUGGCUUCGUGAAGCUUGUGCAGGCCAGCCCACAUUUGCAGCAGAUUGUUUUGCUCUCUGAGGAUGGCCAAGUGCUAGGCAGCAGGCACCUCAAGUCUGGGGAAUCCAUUGAAAGUGGGAAGAAAUGCCAUUUUCCUAAUUAUCUGAUUGAGAUUUGUGAGGCCGAAAAUCAGAAACAAGAGGAAUCUAUGGUGCACUCAGGACAAAAGAAUGGAGGAAAUACAUGUAACAAGAUGGGACUGGGUGCAUCCAGUACAUCUAAAAAAUUUGUCAGCCCACAGAAGUUUCAUGGUCUUGAUGACACUGCAUCAAAAGUCACCGCUAGCUAUGGUAAGCCAGAGUCUGACAAGGUUGAAACAGUGGCUGCUGGUUGCACAGGGAGCCUUAUGAAAGCAGACUCAGGUUUCAAAGAAUGGAAUGCCCUAUACACUACUCAACUUACUCAAAAAGCAAAGAAGUACCAUGAUGGCAUCUUGAGGCUCGUGCAAAUUGGUUCACAUGCAAGGCAGAUUGUUUUGUUGGAUGAAUAUGGUGAAGUGCUUGGCAACAGAUAUCUCAAAUCUGUUGAAUCUGUAGAAAGUGGGACGAAAUGCCAGCUGCCUAACUAUCUUAUUGAAGUUUAUGAGCCCAGAAAUCAGCCAAAUGAGACUAAGCUGUCCUCGAAGGAUGCUUUGAAUCAGACAGGACCGAGGGAUCAAAAGAAUACAGGUGACAAAAUGAGUGAAAAAAGUAGAUCUCCAAAGUUUGUUAGCCCAUUUAAGUCCCAAAUGCCCAGAAGAGUAACUGGGAAAACAAUGCAAGCUCUAGUAGGCCACAGGUUGCCAAAACAACCUGCAGUAACAUGGAUGCACCACAAAAUUUCAAUGGUAGCUAAGCUUAAUGUUAUAACCAAUAUCCUUAGGGGUUCAGCUACCAGCUUUUUGCCUGACUUAGGGGAAUCAAUUUCUAGCAGAAAUGGUGAUCCACUACAAUUUCAUGAUGUUCAGGAUGGUAAAUCAGGAUGCUACAAUAGUGGUAUCAGGAGAGAGGUUGGCAAAUCAACUUUUGGCAACAUGGAUGAUUCUUUGCGAACUGCAUCCCAAAUACUGUCCAUCAUGAAGCCCCCAUCAGAAGCAAGAAUUUCCCAAAGCUCUCAAUCUGGACAGGCACAUUAUUCUUUAGCAUCUUCUGAGGCAAGGAUUGCUUUGGAUGCAAGUUGUAGAAGGAACUCAGUGAUCAAUGAUUCAAACAGAAAUUUUGAUGGUAGUUGGACCUCUGGAAUGUCUCACUUUGCUACCCAGCUUCGUGCAUCAGUAAAAUCGUGCUUGAACUUACAAACUAUUCCGCGAAUGAACUCAGUAAGGGAUCAUCAGUGGGGAAAAUCAUCAAGGAACAGUCAUCCACCUCACGAUCAUCAGACCUUCAUGAGACCAGCAGCUUUUGAGGGUCAGGAUUUGGCCAUGUUCGAUAUCCCAGCAUCUGAUAUGUCCAAUGCAGAUAAAGAGAAACUAGACUCAAGUAGUCAGCACACUGAAAGUUCUAGUGGCACAGAAAGCUGUUGUAAUAUUGGUACUGACCCAGGCUUACAAGAAGACAAGGGUCGAUCAGCAAACCAGCUAAGCACACAGAACAGUAUAGCGGAUGCGAAAUGUGACGGCCCUGCCCCUACAUCUUCAUACACCCUGACAUGUAAAGAUCCCAAGAUUCAGGAACUAGUAGAUGACUGCCCUUCGUUCGACCUUGGCUUCUAAGCAUAAGGUAUUGCCUUUUAUCUUUAUACUCGAUGGUGAUAGCAGGAAACGAAAGGAACUGAGAAAUAGCAGCUCACUCCGUAGACUUGGGGUUUACAGGAUAUACAAGAGAGAUGGGCUAUAUAGGCCUAAUAGUUCAAUACUUUUUUUCGCGACCGUGCCAGAGCACGUAUUUCAUUAAGAGGAAGAAGAAAAUGUAACCAAUACAUCUCGAGUUUAAGAACAGGGGUCUUAAACUCACGAGUUCUAAAAGAUUUAUUACAUUGCCAAAACUAGGCGACCAGUAACCCGCCCGCACGUUGCUGCGAACGCACUAAUGUGCCUAAAACGUGCAAGCACCCAAGAAGUGGCUUCGUCUUCAAGACAAGACACGAGCUCGCCCACUGUUUUUGCACGACUGUCAAAUGUCCUUCUAUUGCGCUCAUUCCAGAUCAUCCAUGAGGUGAGGAUGACCAAAGAAUCAAAGCAUUUGCGAUCCUCCUUGGCCAAACUCUUACGAGAUGCGGUCCACCAAUCUGCGAGAUCAAGGCAGCGACCAUCUGGUGCGAGUGCGUGCCAGUGAAGGUGACGCAAGACCAGGAACAUUCCCUCGCAAAAGAGCAGUUGAGGAGCAGCAACGAUCGUGGAGGACAAGCCAAAUAAAAAAACUUACAUUUGCCUGGCGCCCUUGCUUUCUUCAGGCAUCUGGCACCACGAAUUUCAGUCUGGCCGAUGAAGAACGCGCGGUAAGCUGAAGCUGUAGAGAAACACUGAAGCUGUCAAAUAGUUCAAUACUGAAUACAUGUAUAUACAGUUAGCAGUCAUAGCGUGGCCUGGGGCUGUUCGCAACAUAUGGUUUCCAGUCAGCUAAGCAUGACUUAAAUUUCUCAUCUACAGUUUGAAAUUCGAAUUGCCUCAUCGAUUUGUCGAUGAUAUGCUAGUCCGUAUUAACUGAACGAGGUAUCAAUAGCCUGUGAUGUUUGGUUCA